AUGGCGCAUCCCUCGGGAAGUGGAGGCACCUCAUUUGCUCCUACUCCUACACAUCCGCACCAGCUAUCUAGAGAAACCAGCAGAGACGAAUUGGAGAUGGCCGAGAGUCUCCGCUUACUGAACCAGGCUCACGAACACCAAAAACCUAGGCCAGAGGCCACUUCGCAAGAGCAGCAGCAACAACAACAACAACAGCAGCAGCAGCAUACCAGUGUCCAGGAUGACCAAAGAUCUGAGAUAUACCACUCUCUUGAAGAUGCUGUGCCCAUUCCAGACGGUCCCCCAACCCCUUCAACGGCAGCAUCGCUACAAAUACCCAACAUGAAUUAUGAGACCCCCAAUGCAUCCAUCACCGGGCAGAUUUGCAGUAACUGCAAAACAACACAGACGCCACUAUGGCGCCGGUCGCCUGCUGGAGAAACAGUGUGCAAUGCAUGUGGCUUGUACAUGAAAGCACGGAAUCAGUCGCGGCCAGUGAACCUCAAGCGCAACACACAGACUCAGCCAAGUAUGUCGGUACAGCAAAGCCCAACUCCAGGAUCUACCGAUGGCGGCCGAACAUGUGCUGGAAACGUUGCCGGUAGCCCGCGUGUCGCAACCUAUGUUGCUGCCGAUCAGAUGGCGGCCGGGACAUGCCCAGGUGGAGGCAGGUGUAAUGGCACUGGGGGCCAGCAAGGCUGCAGUGGCUGUCCCGCAUUUAACAAUCGGGUAUCAAAGACAGCCAAGUUUGCACUAGCCCAAGCCAAUGCUGCGCCUGGUGAGAAUCGGGGUGGAAGUGAUGCCGCUUCUUCGACUUCUGCCUCUGGGUCAACAAGUGCAAUCCCAGCUUGCCAGAACUGUGGAACCACAAUCACACCACUCUGGAGACGAGAUGAUGCUGGACACAUCAUCUGCAAUGCCUGUGGACUCUACUACAAGCUCCACGGAACCCACCGCCCUGUUGCGAUGAAGAAGCAGGAGAUCAAGCGUCGCAAGCGUAUCGUACCAGCCGCCGACACAGGUUCACAAGCCGCUUCAUCAGUCGCAAACUACUCGCCUCCACAGAGACCUUCUCAAACCCCUGCAUUCGAGCACUCGGUUUCCCCAGAUCCAUCAACUGCACUCGAGUCUCGAGAAGACUACACACCCGAGCCACCCAGGGGCCCAAUCGCAGUCGACUUUACGCAUUACUACAGCAAUUCAUCAGUAACUUCGAAUUCAGUGGCCCUUACGCCAAGCAUGCAGCCCAGCGCACCAUCGCCCAGAAAACGAAGUCGCAGCGCGACUUUGGAUCCUGAAGAGCCAGUAAAUCCACUGCCUCACCGUCCAAACGCAAUAUCAUCUAUUUUGAACCCAUCUCAGACAGACGUCGACGUCAACAUUGACCCGUCGCUCUCCGUCCCGCUCCGCACGAGUGGAGGAACAUCCCCCAAUUCCACCUUGUCCCAGGAAGAAAAAGCAGCAAAAAGGGAGAGACUUAAGCGGGAAGCAGAAGCUAUGAGACUAGAAUUGGAGAGACGGCAAAAAGAGUUGGAGGAAUUGGAAAACGAUUGA